CUGAGGUUCUUACGUCUAUAGAAAAUAUUAUCCAAGACAUAAUCAAAAGCUUGGCAAGAAAUGAAGCGCCCGCCUUCACAAUAGACAACAGAUCGAGCUGGGAAAACAUGACGUUCGAAGAUGCUUUUGGGCUUCAGAUGAGACCUCAGUGUACCACAAGAAAAAUCAAAAGCGAUUCACUAAGAUCAGUUAGAAAAUUUGCUCUAAUUCUGAAAAUAUUGUCCAUGAUUUAUAAAUUAAUACAGAGCAACACUUACGCAACCAAGAGUCCGGGAGCACGUGCUCAUUCAGUGUUGACCUUACAUUUGCACAGAGACAUAUACUACACUGAGAGCCAGCUCUUCAGGAACCAGGCUGCAGUGGACAGCAUUAUAGAUGACAUUUCCUGUAUGCUGAAAGUGCCCAGGAGGAGUCUGCAUGUGUUAUCUACAUCGAAGGGAUUGAUUGCUGGCAACCUGAGAUACGUGGAGGAAGAUGGUACCCAAGUCCAGUGCAUGUGUAGUGCCACGGCUACUGCUGUGCCAUCUAACAUUCAAGGGAUGCAGAAUCUGGUCACAGAUGCGAAGUUUCUGCUAAUCGUAGAGAAGGAUGCAACAUUUCAGCGGCUCCUGGACGACAACUUCUGCAGCAGGAUGUCCCCGUGCAUCAUGGUUACGGGAAAGGGCAUUCCAGAUCUGAACACGAGGCUCUUGGUAAAGAAGCUGUGGGACACCUUUCAUAUUCCUGUCUUCACACUGGUAGAUGCUGACCCCUACGGCAUCGAGAUAAUGUGCAUCUAUAAGUACGGAUCCAUGUCCAUGUCUUUUGAAGCCCACAAUCUCACUGUCCCAGCAAUCAGAUGGCUUGGUCUCCUCCCUUCUGAUAUUAAAAGGUUAAAUAUACCUAAGGAUAGUUUGAUCCCACUGACAAGGCGUGACCAGAUGAAGCUGGACAGUAUCCUGAGGAGGCCUUACAUUACCUAUCACCCCUUCUGGAAAAAAGAGAUGGAGAUGCUGGCAGACUCUAAGACGAAGGCGGAGAUCCAAGCCUUGACCUUCCUGUCGUCAGACUAUCUGUCCAGAGUGUACUUGCCCAACAAGCUGAGGUUUGGAGGGUGGAUAUAAAACCACAGUGGGGGACCGUGAACCUCCAGAGCUCUCUAUUGGCCUGUUUGAAUGAACUGGGCUAAGGAGUGUCGAGUCUUAGUUCUGCGACAGUAAAAAUAAUUUUACAUUAACAUAUUUUUGUCAAAGCAAACUUCAUAGUGCUCUUUAGAAGGUUUGAUCUUCUGUAAAGACAGAUUUUUAUUCUGUUUUAGAGUGAUUAUAAAAUAAUUUAUUUAAUUUUAAAUUUUUUAUUAGAAAAACUGUCACAUAUCAUAAGCCUAUAAAAAUAUUUACUUCCUACAACAUAGCUUGUGUAGCAUGAAGUGUCUCACUAGUAACAAAAUAGCAAGCGACCCUGAGAGGUUGCAAAGGAUCACAAGGUAUUGUUUUCUAGUACUUCCUUUUGCCUCAUGUAUAGGCACCUUGCCCUGUUAAUGCAUCCUUGAAACUAAUAAAACUUAUUAUAAA